GCCCUCGCGCCUCGCCGGCGCACAGCGCUCGGAGCGCUCCUGCGGGUACCUUUGCGGGGCUCUCGGCUGCGGGCGGCGCCGAACGGGAGCCGGAACGCCGGUGCAGCGGCUGCGUGCCGAGGACCCGGGCUGCGCAGGGAAGCGGGGCCGCAACGUCCCGACUGGACGGAGACCGUGCUUAGCGCAUUGCGGCGACCUCGCCUUUCCCGGCCGCGAGCGCGCGCCGCAGCUGGAAAAGCGGCGGAGACCGAGGACUUUUCUCAGGUCUCAGGGGCGCACCACAGCCGCGCUGCAGUCAAUGCCCGCCCUAGCCCCCGGAGGGGUGAUGGAACUCGGGCUGCCAGAAGCCUGAGACGCCGCCGCCACCGCCGCCGCCCACCGCCGCGUACUGGAGAGCGGGGGGCGCACGAUCUGGGGACCCCGGGCGGCGGACCCGAGCCCUCCCCCCCCGCCCCGCCUCCGGGGCACCAGCUUCGGCUCCAUUGUUCCCGCCCGGGCUGGAGGCGCCGGGCUCCGAGUGCAGCCGGGAGUCGCGCCACGGCCGCGGAGGUCUCGAGACCCCACUAGGAUCUGAACGGAGCCCGGGAACUAGCGGCCGGAGCGCAAGACACGACACCCGCCGCGCCACGGCGAGCUCUCCAGAGGCGGGAUCGCUGCGCCAAGUGAGAGUCAGCUUGUGAAGGCAUAUCACACGCACGGUGGAGUAUCCAUGGAGGUGCGGAGCCUUGUUACCAACCUCUAACUGCAGAACUGGGAUGUGGGGCUGGAAGUGCCUCCUCUUCUGGGCUGUGCUGGUCACAGCCACUCUCUGCACUGCCAGGCCAGCCCCAACCUUGCCCGAACAAGCUCAGCCCUGGGGAGCCCCUGUGGAAGUGGAGUCUCUCCUGGUCCACCCUGGCGACCUGCUACAGCUUCGCUGUCGGCUUCGCGAUGAUGUGCAGAGCAUCAACUGGCUGCGGGAUGGGGUGCAGCUGGUGGAGAGCAACCGCACCCGCAUCACAGGGGAGGAGGUGGAGGUGCGGGAUUCCGUCCCCGCUGACUCUGGCCUCUACGCUUGCGUGACCAGCAGCCCCUCUGGCAGCGAUACCACCUACUUCUCCGUCAAUGUCUCAGAUGCGCUCCCAUCCUCGGAAGAUGACGAUGACGAUGAUGACUCCUCGUCAGAGGAGAAAGAGGCAGACAACACCAAACCAAACCGUAGGCCUGUAGCUCCAUACUGGACAUCCCCAGAGAAAAUGGAGAAGAAACUGCACGCGGUGCCCGCUGCCAAGACAGUGAAGUUCAAGUGCCCGUCGAGUGGGACACCUAACCCCACUUUGCGCUGGUUGAAAAAUGGCAAAGAAUUCAAACCUGACCACCGGAUUGGAGGCUACAAAGUUCGCUAUGCCACCUGGAGCAUCAUAAUGGACUCUGUGGUGCCUUCUGACAAGGGCAACUACACCUGCAUCGUGGAGAAUGAGUAUGGGAGCAUUAAUCACACCUACCAGCUUGAUGUUGUGGAACGAUCCCCUCACCGGCCCAUCCUUCAGGCAGGGCUACCUGCCAACAAGACCGUGGCCCUGGGCAGCAACGUGGAGUUCAUGUGUAAGGUGUACAGUGAUCCGCAGCCUCACAUCCAGUGGCUGAAGCACAUCGAGGUGAACGGGAGUAAGAUCGGGCCAGACAACUUGCCAUAUGUCCAGAUUCUGAAGCAUUCGGGGAUUAAUAGCUCGGAUGCGGAGGUGCUGACCCUGUUCAAUGUGACAGAGGCCCAGAGCGGGGAGUAUGUGUGUAAGGUUUCCAAUUAUAUUGGUGAAGCUAACCAGUCUGCGUGGCUCACUGUCACCAGACCUGUGGCAAAAGCCCUGGAAGAGAGACCAGCUGUGAUGACCUCGCCUCUCUACCUGGAGAUCAUUAUCUACUGCACGGGAGCCUUCCUGAUCUCCUGUAUGGUGGGCUCUGUCAUUAUCUAUAAGAUGAAGAGCGGCACCAAGAAGAGCGACUUCCAUAGCCAGAUGGCUGUGCACAAGCUGGCCAAGAGCAUCCCUCUGCGCAGACAGGUAACAGUGUCAGCUGACUCCAGUGCAUCCAUGAACUCCGGGGUUCUCCUGGUUCGGCCUUCACGGCUCUCCUCCAGUGGGACCCCUAUGCUAGCUGGAGUCUCCGAAUAUGAGCUCCCUGAAGAUCCCCGCUGGGAGCUGCCCCGAGACAGACUGGUGUUAGGGAAACCACUUGGCGAGGGCUGCUUCGGGCAGGUGGUGUUGGCCGAGGCCAUCGGGCUGGAUAAGGACAAGCCGAACCGUGUGACCAAAGUGGCUGUGAAGAUGUUGAAGUCCGACGCAACGGAGAAGGACCUGUCAGAUCUGAUCUCAGAGAUGGAGAUGAUGAAGAUGAUCGGGAAGCACAAGAAUAUCAUCAACCUGCUGGGGGCGUGCACACAAGAUGGUGCUCUUUAUGUCAUCGUGGAGUAUGCCUCCAAAGGCAACCUCCGAGAGUAUCUGCAGGCCCGGAGACCCCCCGGGCUGGAGUACUGCUACAACCCCAGCCACAACCCCGAGGAACAGUUGUCUUCCAAAGAUCUGGUAUCCUGUGCCUAUCAGGUGGCUCGGGGCAUGGAGUAUCUUGCCUCUAAGAAGUGUAUACACCGAGACCUGGCUGCUAGGAAUGUCCUGGUAACGGAGGAUAAUGUAAUGAAGAUCGCAGACUUUGGCUUAGCUCGAGACAUUCACCAUAUAGACUACUAUAAGAAAACCACCAAUGGCCGGCUGCCUGUGAAGUGGAUGGCACCUGAGGCAUUGUUUGACCGGAUCUACACCCACCAGAGCGAUGUGUGGUCUUUUGGAGUGCUCUUGUGGGAGAUCUUCACGUUGGGUGGCUCCCCAUACCCCGGUGUGCCUGUGGAGGAACUUUUCAAGCUGCUGAAGGAGGGUCAUCGAAUGGACAAGCCCAGUAACUGUACCAAUGAGCUAUACAUGAUGAUGCGGGACUGCUGGCAUGCAGUGCCCUCUCAGAGACCUACUUUUAAGCAGCUGGUGGAAGACCUGGACCGCAUUGUGGCCUUGACCUCCAAUCAGGAGUAUCUGGACCUGUCCAUGCCACUGGACCAGUACUCACCCAGCUUUCCCGACACUCGGAGCUCUACCUGCUCCUCAGGGGAGGACUCUGUCUUCUCUCAUGAGCCGUUACCCGAGGAGCCCUGUCUGCCCCGACACCCCACCCAGCUUGCCAACGGUGGACUCAAACGGCGCUGACUACCAACCAUCCUCAGCCUUCCCCCACUCUGUGUCCCUCACCCACAAUUCCCUUGUUGGACACACUGCCUUUCUCCUUCUUUGUGGCUGGCAAGAGCCAGUGCCUGACUGUGGCCUUCCCUCCGUCAUCCCCAAGACCCCUCCUCCUCUCCUUAGCCUGCUGUAUGAGAGAGGAGCCAAGAGGCAGGUGCUUGGUGGUGGCCACUUCCUCCUUCCCAGGUGUUGGACCAAGACCCACCCCGCUGCCUGGCACUGCUAGGAGGUCUGUGCAGUGGAAGCAAGUGAAACAGGCGUGCAAGCGAGAGCAUCCUGAGUGUUCCUGUUGGCCCAUCGGCCCCUUGUGUUCCGGUGGCAGAGGCCUUGGGGCUCCUGAAGCAGUGAGGUUUCAGUUUAGGCCUUAACCGAAGGCAACCUCUGCUCCAGAUGGAUGGUACCAGUAGCUUCUUAAGUCCAAUACUAAUUUGCUUUGCUGACCAAAUACCUGGUACCAGAAGACAGGGAGGCGGAGACCGGGAGCCGUGAUAUGCCCUUGGGCUGAGCCCUAGACUUGGGGCUCUGUACAUAGCUAUGAAGAAAACACAAAGUGUAUAAAUCUGAGUAUAUAUUUACAUGUCUUUUUAAAAAGGGUCGUUACUAGAGAUUUACCCGUCGGGUGAGAUGCUCCCGGGAGGCAUCCGUUGCUAUAUAUUAAAAACAAACAAACAGAAAAAAGGAAAAUGUUUUUUAAAAGGUCAUAUAUUUUUUUGCUACUUUUGCUGUUUUAUUUUUUUAAAUUAUGUUUUAAACCUAUUUUCAGUUUAGGUUCCCUCAAUAAAAAUUGCUGCUGCUUCA